AUGGCUUUGGGAUUGUGUGAUAGCAACCAACCUUUCUUAUGGGUCAUCCGACAAGGCUCCGAUCCAUUGCCAGAGGAAGUCAAUAAGAUUGUCUCAGAAAAAGGGUACAUAGUUAAAUGGGCACCACAGAUGGAAGUACUUGCACAUCCUGCAGUGGGAGGUUUCUGGAGCCACUGUGGAUGCAACUCAACACUCGAGAGCCUUGUGGAAGGAGUUCCAAUGAUUUGCAGGCCUUUUCACGGCGAGCAGAAGUUAAACGCAAUCUAUAUAGAAAGUAUUUGGAAGAUAGGGAUUCAGAUUGAAGGUGAAGUUGAAAGAGGAGUUGUGGAGAGAGCUGUGAAGAGGUUGCUUGUGGAUGAAGAAAGUGCAAGUAUGAGGGAGAGAGCACUAGUUUUAAAAGAAAAGGUCAAAGCCUCUGUGAGAAGCGGAGGCUCGUCGUACAGUGCAUUGGAUGAGUUUGUCAAGUACUUGGAGAAAGUUCUUGAAAUGGAGGAAAAGCCAACGAGGAGAAGGGUAGUGUUGGUUCCAGUACCAGCACAAGGACAUAUAACUCCAAUGAUGCAACUUGCAAAAGCUCUUCACUCGAAGGGUUUCUCAAUUACAGUUGCUCAGACCAAGUUCAAUUACUUUAUCCCUUCAGAUGACUUCUCUGAUUUUCAGUUUGUCACAAUUCCAGAGAGCUUACCAGAGUCUGAUUUCGACGAUCUCAGGCCAAUACUGUUUCUGCUUAAACUCAACAAAGAGUGUCAGAUGAGCUUCAAGGACUGUUUGGGUCACUUGUUGGUACAACAAGGUAAUGAGAUCUCAUGUGUCAUCUACGACGAGUUCAUGUACUUUGCUGGAGAUGCAGCCAAGGAGUUUAAGCUUCCAAACGUUAUUUUCAGCACUACCAAUGCAACGACUUUUGUUUGUCGCUCUGUCUUCGAGAAACUCUAUGCAAACAAUGUCUUGGCUCCCCUGAAAGAUUCCAAAGGACAGCAAGAUGAGCUAGUGCCUGAGUUUCAUCCCCUGAGGUACAAAGACUUUCCGGUUUCAUGUUGGGCCACAUUAGAAAGCAUACUUGAGCUGUAUAGGAAUACAGUUGAUGAACGUGCAGCUUCCGCUGUGAUAAUCAACACGGCGAGCUGUCUAGAGAGCUCAUCUCUUUCUUGGCUACAACAAGAACGUCUAGUUAUUCCUGUUUAUCCAAUAGGCCCUCUUCACAUAGUGGCCUCAGCUCCAACGAGUCUGCUUGAAGAGAACAAGAGCUGUAUCGAAUGGCUGAACAAACAAAAGGUAAACUCGGUGAUAUACAUAAGCUUGGGAAGCUUAGCUUUGAUGGAAGUCAAUGAGGUGAUGCAAACUGCUUCAGGUUUGGAUAGUAGCAACCAACACUUCUUGUGGGUGAUCAGACCAGGCUCAAUAUGUGAUUCAGAAUGGAUAGAGUGUUUGCAUGAGGAGUUUCUUAAGAUGGUUUCUCGUCGAGGUUACAUUGUGAAAUGGGCUCCGCAGAAAGAAGUACUUGCUCAUCCUGCGGUAGGAGCGUUUUGGAGUCAUUGUGGAUGGAACUCGACGCUAGAGAGCCUCGGGGAAGGAGUUCCAAUGAUCUGUAGGCCGUUUUCUACUGAUCAAAAGGUGAAUGCGAGGUACUUGGAGUGUGUUUGGAAAGUUGGGAUUCAAGUGGAAGGUGAGCUAAAUAUAGGAGGGGUCGAGAAAGCUGUGAAGAGGUUAAUGGUGGACGAAGAAGGAGAGGAGAUGAGGGAGAGAGCUUUCAGUUUGAAGGAGAAACUGAUAGCCUCUGUUACAAGUGGAGGUUCUUCACACAAGUCGUUAGAAGAGUUUGAGCUGCCUGGAUGCCUUGAGAGGCACCCAGCUCAGCACUUUUUUGCUGCUUGGGGCCUCAUGGGAGAGCCUUUUCACGGCGAGCAGAAGUUAAACGCAAUGUAUAUAGAAAGUGUUUGGAGCGUAGGGAUUCAGAUUGAAGUUGAAGUUGAAAGAGGAGUUGUGGAGAGAGCUGUGAAGAGGUUGCUUGCGGAUGAAGAAGGUGCAAGCAUGAGGGAGAGAGAACUAGUUUUAAAAGAAAAAGUCAAAGCUGCUGUUAGAAGCGGAGGCUCGUCGUACAAUGCACCCGAUGAGUUUGUCAAUUACUUGUAG